GGGAGGGUGUCUGGUUUUGUGAUGUAUUUUUGCACAGUUAGCAGCUGUGAGACUCCUUGGUACAGACACAUAUACACACAGCCGCACUGUGCUACACACUAUCCUCACACGCUCCUGCAAGCCGGCUGAGUGAUCACUGUGUGCUGAUGAAGUGACUCCAGGUGCCUGUCCUCCAGCUGCUUGGAUAGAGCUGUAAUCGGUCUUCGGGUCAUGGGAAACCUCAUUAAGGUCCUUGGAAAAGAUUUAGAAAAUUGUCCUCAUUUUUUCCUGGAUUUUGAAAGUAUCAGAUGGGGAAUCUUCUAAAAGUCUUGUCUUAUAACGACCUAGAACAGUGUCCCACUUUUUUCCUUGACUUUGAACAUGCCCAGCCCACGGAGGCAGAAACAGUCGUGUGGAAUCAAGUGAACUCUGUACUAGAGGAGGCGCAAGGUGUUCUGGCAGAACUGCAGUCAUACAGGGGGGCUGGACAGGAGAUAAGACAGGCAAUCCAGAACCCAUUGGAUGUGCACCUACAGGAAGAGGCCUGGCGGUCUGUCUGUCCUUUGGUAGCAAAACUUAAACGCUUCUACGAGUUCUCCCUCCGACUUGAGAAUGCCCUCCACAGCCUUCUGGAAGCCCUCACAUCUCCUCCCUUUGCUCCAACUCAGCACCUGGAGAGGGAGCAGGCUCUGGCCAAGCAGUUUGCAGAGAUUCUACACUUCACCCUUAGCUUUGAUGAGCUCAAGAUGACAAACCCUGCAAUACAGAACGAUUUCAGUUAUUACAGGCGAACUGUUAGUCGUAACCGACUUAAUAACUUCCAGGUGGACCCUGAAUGUGAUGUAAACAAUGAAAUGGCUAAUCGCAUGUCACUGUUCUAUGCGGAUGCCACCCCCAUGCUGAAAACCCUGAGCAAUGCAACCACCAAGUUUGUGUCUGAGAACAAAUCUUUACCUAUUGAAGACACAACAGACUGCCUAAGCACCAUGGCGAGUGUGUGCAGAGUCAUGUUAGAGACCCCUGGGUAUCGUAGCCGCUUCACCAGCACUGAGACACUUCUGUUCUGCAUGCGGGUGAUGGUUGGAGUUAUUAUCCUAUACGAUCAUGUUCAUCCAGUUGGAGCCUUUGCCAAAACCUCUAAGAUUGAUAUGAAAGGCUGCAUCAAAGUGCUGAAGGACCAGCCAUCAACUAGCACAGAGGGGCUUCUUAAUGCUCUAAGAUAUACAACACGUCACCUCCAUGAUGACACCACAUCUAAACAGAUCCGAGCUUUGCUUCAAUGAGACACUGUGUUUGUCCCCUGCACUGCCACUGUGUAUGAGACAGAAGAGGGGUCUUUGUGUCUGUCCGAGUGGGUACCUCAUUCCUGCCUUCCUUGUGUCUAGACUAUGUUCUGAAAGAGAAUCUCAUGCUCCACAGAGUCCUGUGUAUGCCACUAGGUUGCAGAGUCCCAUGUAAAUCACGAUCGGGAAAAUAGUUCUGCAGGUAUCUUUACUCUGUAGACUCCUGUUUAUAUUAGUACUCUGCAGUGUCUUGUGCAUGUGACUGUUAUGCCAAGAAACCUUUACCUGGCCCUCUGCGCAAAAUGGUUGUGUGUGUAUCAUUAUCUGGAGAAGUUGCUUCAUCCAUUACUAAUCUGGAGUCUGCUUUACAUCACUGCUCAACAGAGAGUGGAGAAGUUGUCAACUUUCUGUAAACAUUCUGCCGAAAACAGCACACACUGCACUGCUAAACCGUUCUAAUUUCUGAGAGGAAUACUCUGAAUUCCGUUCUGUAGAGAGUUCUGAGAAUCCAGUGUGUAAACCAAACUCUAUCCUUUUGAAGAUAUGGCAUAAAAAAUCCAGAUAACAAUAGAGGCGGUAAAAUAUACAUCACAUAUCUUUUUUGGUAAUUGUGUUGUUUUAAAGAGAGGUCUACCGAUUCUACAUACGAUACGUGCAUAUCUUUCAGCCGAGCGAUAUAUCCUUACAUUUUAUGUAUACCAGUAUUAUUCCCAAAUAUAUUAGGUCUCUGCCAACAGCACCAUACAUCACUGCCCCAAAUAAUGUGAAGGUUCUAAAUAAAGACUGCUGUUUGUAUCCACA